AUGAAGGUCACGUAUUAAUGGCCUUCACAUUAUCUCGAGAGACAUCUGUGUUGUGAUAAGUCGUCUCCAGCCUCCACAUCGAUUCUGAUCCAUGCCUAUACCUGGAGAUCUGUUUCAUUCUCAAAAAGCCGUAGAGAAGGCCAGAGACGAGCAUAUGGCUACAGGCAGCAGCCGUCCAGCUCAGGUCACCUUCCUGGCUCUGGAAAAACAAGAUGAAGAUGUGACACCCAAGAAGCUUGGUAAACUAACAGUGAAAUAUAACCGCAAAGAGCUCCAGCGCAGGAUUAAACUGGAGGAGUGGAUCGAUGCCCAAAUUCAGGAGCUCUACCAGAGCCAAGAGGAUCUACGGGAUGAAGCGGCCGAACCCGAGAUCGAUAUUGAUGAUCUAUUGGAUCUUUCAUGUGAGGAGCAAAAAUCUAGGCUCCAGGAUAUCCUUCAAGAGUGCCCCAGACCUGCAGAAGAAUUCACUAUGGAGCUGCUGGAGCGUCUAAAAGGACUGCGGAAAUUAUCAGAUUUACAGCACAAAUGACUUAUAUUGAAUUUUUAGCUUAGUGUCAUAACUGUAGAUAGGAGGAUCAGCAGUGCAUUGCUCGGUACAGUCCUGCUAAAGGAAAUCUUAGACCAACAUGUUACAAAUAGGCACCAUAAUGUGUGUAUGACCAAUGCUGUGAUGUUUUCAUCCAUACUCCCAAGAUGUAUUAAAAAUUCAAUUCAUGUGAA